AUGGUGUCUACACGGCUUGUAGAUUUUCCGGAGGAGGCAGACGACGAAGAUAGUGGCGUAAUACCUGAUAUGAUGUUUGCCGCCGGCGAGGAACCUGUAGGUUUACGGGUUUUGACGUAUCAGUCUUCGAGUGCUCUAAAGAGGAUAUUUAAUGCGUUAGACGAGGAGGAAAUUGAUAUUAUUCAGAGAUCGAGUUUUGGAAAAUUGAUAGAGAUAGCAGAUAAACCGGUCUUUUCUGGUAGAUUCGCAAGGUAUUUGUUAUCAAGACAGCUUAAAACCAAGAAGAAGCAUGAAGUGUGGUUCCGAUUUGCUGGCAAUCCUGUUAGAUUCUCCCUACGAGAAUUUGCUUUUGUUACCGGAUUACCUUGUGGUAAAUAUCCUCAGAAGUCGAAGAUGAAACUAAAGAAGACAAUAUCCGAGAAACCGUAUUGGCCGUCUUUAUUUGAGAAAGUUGAAGUUGUGACAGUAUCUUCGGUUAUCAAAAUGCUAUACCGUAAAACUGUGAAGGAUAAGGAAAUCCGGGUCAAAUAUGCCUGCUUGGCACUUCUGGAAUCAGUUCUGCUACCAACAAGUCUUAAGAUGAAGAUAGCUAGAGAGCAUGCAGAAGCAAUUGAAAAUCUUGAAGAAUUUUUUUCUUACCCUUGGGGGAGACUAGCUUUUGACAUGCUCAUGGGUAGUAUUAAAGACCGAGAUGAAGUAGCUUUGUCUCAAAACACCAUUGAUGUAAAAGGAUUUGCGCUUGCUCUGCAGCUUGUAAUGGUUAAAGCAGUUCCUUCUUUGACUGAGGUUGUGCAAGAGAUAUGUUCAUCAUCAGAAUCAGAUAGUGAAGAAAUAGAAGGAACCGGGCGUGAUAUCUUUACUAAGAAAAACACUCUUAAUCCAGCACAUGCACGAAAUGUGGACAAGCAAAGCAAUGUACAUGUUAAUUGUCUCAUUCCUGCGGAUAGUACCCGAACUAUAGACGAACUCGAUUUAGUUUGGUCUGACGAAGAGGAAGAUUCCAAAGUUGAUACACUAUUAGCGCGUAUCAACCGAAACCAUAAGUUCACAAAUUCAUUAUUUCGAGGUGGUCUUAGUCAUACUGAUGUGGAGCGUUUGCGUGAAGCGGGUAAAUCGACUUCUAAGUCGAGGAAAGCGACCUAUAUACAAGGGCAUGUCCAACACGUUGAGCCGGGUACUGUCGCAGGAAAAGUUGUUCUUCGAGUGGAGGAUAUGUUACUAAAGUUCAAAUCGGAGAUGAAUAUAUGUGUCAAAGAAAUGGUUGCGGAAAUAUGUGAGCAGCAGGUUGUUCCCCCUCCUGUGCGAACUGAGAUACCAAGGGCAGUUCCGGUACACGUACCAGGUCCAGCUACGGUUAACACUGAGGUUGAUGAUGCAAAUGCGAUUACUAUUGGAAAUGUGCUAAGAAACAUAAGUGAGUACUCAACGCCGCCACGAUCAACCCGUAUGAGCCAGGACGAAAAUCUCUCUCCCUUCAAGAAAGACGAUGUUGUUCCCAGAUUUGUUUGUGUAACUCCGGAAGCCGAGACUUGUGUACAAUCUGCCAAUAGCCUGAAUCGUACCCGACAAAAUGCUUUCCACCAAAGUUUGGAGGGUCAUAAGAGGCAACGGGAAAACGUCACGAGUGAACCUUCUUUCUCCCUUGGGUUAACUCAGGAUGAGCAAAUUAAGGUUGCAGAACCUUGCUUGGUAAUCCAGGCUCGUGAUCAGGAAUGUUCAGCCAGCACCAACGUUGUUGAAAACAUUGAGCAAGGUCAGGGUUCACGAAAAAGUAAGAGGCACAAAACGGUUCCUUCUGGUCUAGUUGAGGAUUACCAAUGUGGUCGUCACAUUAUGUCGCGAGUUAGAGAAGGGCAGAAUUAUGUUUUUGUAGUUGAGGAUCAAUCUGAAGUUAGAAGGAAGUAUGCGCAGCUGUGUGUCAAAUUGGGGGAGAAGUUUGUUAUUAACGUUGGUGGACUUGCUGUUUAUGCUAAAGAUAUUCAACUACUGCUAGAGAGACCACGUCUUUUCCCCCCCAAGGUUAUCGAUAUUCUUAUUCGAGUUGGCCGUUUGGCGGUCAGUCGAAACCUCCGUCCAGAAAGUCGAGGUUUGGUCGAUAUAUUUCCUUCUAAAGAUGAUCCAGCAGUUCACCUAAUAAGGUUUUACUUUCCUUUCAAUGUUGGGACGAAACAUUGGGUUGGGAUUUGUUUUGAUGCUCGCCUUGGGGUUCUCACUGUUUGGGAUUGCAAUACGAGCAUCUACAAGGAUAGUACUGUUGAGAAGCAUUUAAAUUCUAUCAUCCAAAUGUUACCCUAUCUGGCUAGAUAUGUCGGUCAAAGCAUAGGUGAAGAACCCGUUAUGCAUUGUUAUGAUGUUUCGAGGCCAAAAUUUCUUGCUCAGAAUACAAAUCCAUCUGAUUCGCGUUUAAUGGCAAUGUUGUUAAUGACAAGACAUGCUGUAUACAGCAUAGAUGCUUGUAAAAAUAUCAGUCCCGAUAUUCUCGAAGAAGAAGGGAGGAGGGCCGCUAUACUGGUGUAUGAGUUGAAGGAGCAGCUAUAG